AUGGAGGAAAACUAUAAGGUUUCGGUUUGGAAAAAAAAAGUCUCAGUUUAUCUCGAACUGCUUCCAACCAUUGAUUCAGGAGAUGUUUUUGUUGUUAGCAAAUGGCUCCAAGGCAUCAACGCAUUACUGGAAGUCAACCCUCACUUUAAAGAACUAGUUGUCGAUGGAAAGAGCCCAGAAACCCUCAAUCUCGAUGAAUGGGGAAUUCAAAAAGAUGAAUUAAAAUAUACCCAAAUGGAUAUGGAUUUCCAUAUUAGAGAUAUUCUUAUGACCAAAACCAUUCCAACGGAGUACGACGACAACUGGAAGAUUGGUCUACCAACCUGGAAUACCACCCCUCAUGAGGUUUACCUUUGGAUCCUCGACGAAAACAAAAGAAGAACGAGGGACAUGUUUGCGGAAUACUUUAGCGCCUUGAAGCAAGCAUUCGUCCUUCCUCGGGAUGAAACGAAAGACGCUCAGGAUACAAUUCGUCUUUUCAAUCACAUCGAACGCUUCGUGAACGAAAACUACCGACUGGAAGUUACUGCUCUUCGUAUGAAAGUCAAGAACCACAUUUUGAAAUUCAAGUUCGAUAAACUUUUAGCACAAGAAUACCAAAAGAAAUUGGAUGGACAAGAUAUCAUGACCAGCCAUGAUCUCAUUGAUGAGGUUGAACAUUGGCGAGAAUAUUUGACCGAAGUUGCUGCGCUGAAACGCAAGAAAACUCGUUCGAAAAAGAAGAGAAAGGAAAAAGCCACCAAGCAACUUGCGAACAACUUCGCCAACCUCUCCGUGUCUACUGAUCCACAACAAAUAUACAAACUCCUUGAUGCGGCACAGUCCAGUGUCAGGGCCCAUAUAGGCUCAAUUGCACCUCGGGUGAUGAUAAUCUGUGGCUCAGGCUUGGGAGGCAUCGCAGAUUUGGUGCACAAAUCAAUUGAGAUUUCCUAUGACAAAAUUCCAGGAUUCAAGACUUCAACUGUUCCGGGACAUGCUGGUAAGUUGCUCUUUGGUUAUAUUGGCCGGAAAAAGGUGCCUGUCAUGUGUAUGGUUGGUCGUCUUCAUUUUUACGAAGGGUACAAUUUUUCAGAGACGACAUUUCCAAUUCGUUUAGCAAAGCGUCUUGGGGUUUCCUCAGUAAUAGUUACUAAUGCUGCUGGAGGCAUGAACGAGAAGUACCGUCCUGGAGACCUAAUGGUGAUCAACGACCAUAUAAAUCUUCCUGGACUUGGUGGAUAUCAUCCGUUAAGAGGACCCAAUUUGGAAGAAUUUGGACCCCGGUUUCAACCACUUUCGGAUGCCUACGACUUGGAAUUGCGUCGCCAGUUCCUCACCAUUGCCAAAAAGACGCUUAAACUCGACCGAAACAUAUACGAAGGAACGUACGUGUUUGCAGCUGGACCCACAUUUGAAACCAGAGCUGAGGUGCGAAUGAUUCGUUCCAUUGGAGGAGACGCCGUAGGAAUGUCAACCGUUCCAGAAGUCAUAGUAGCACGUCAUAGUGGCAUGCGUGUGCUUGCGGUGUCAUUGAUAACCAAUGCUGGAGUUGGAGCCAAACCAGCAAGUGCCCUUGAGGAACAACCACCUCUUGAUGAAGGUAUGGCCAGUCAUGAUGAAGUGCUUGAAGCUGCCAACGAAGCAUCGAAGGAUGUGCAGGCGAUAGUUGAGGAAGUGGUUGAUGGAAUGUAG